GAGUCGACAAGGUGUGCUUGAAAUGCAGCGUUCUGGUUGGAUGGCAAAUAAUAGACCUGUGACACGAUUGGAGGAAAAGUGACAGUGGGCGUGGGAAGUGCUGUACUCAAUGCAGGAAAAUGUAGGUUAUAGAGAAGAGCUGGGUUGGCUGGAGGGACACAACAAUCAGGAUACAGAAAAAGCAACAUGGCAUCGGAAGCAGAGGCACCCAUUCCUCACCCUUACUGGCCUCGUGAUCUGCACAUCGAGGGUUACCGACCCAAUGAUCGCGCCAAGUGGGAGAUUUUGGCCUUCCUGUUCUCAGUAUCCGGGGUGUUUUUGGUUGGGACCUGGUUCCUGGCUGGCCGGGUUGCUGGGAUCAGUACUGUUCGUCGUCUCAUCAUCUGCUGGUUCAUGGUCUGUGGUUUCAUCCAUGGUGUCAUUGAAGGCUGGUUUUCUCUCUACUAUGACAUUAUUCCAAGGGACCAGUCAUUCCUGUCACAGCUGUGGAAGGAAUACGGCAAAGGAGACAGCAGAUACAUUAUAGCUGAUAAUUUCACAGUUUGCAUGGAAACCGUCACCGCCUGGGCCUGGGGUCCGCUCAGCGUCUGGACUGUCAUCUCCUUCUUGCAGAAUAAGCCGUACCGUUUUGUGCUGCAGCUCAUUGUGUCUCUUGGUCAGUUUUAUGGAGAUGUCCUGUAUUUCUACACAGAAUACCGGGAAGGUUUCAUUCACAGCGAGAUGUGGCAUCCAAUCUAUUUCUGGUUUUACUUUGUAUUCAUGAACUCUCUGUGGAUAGUCAUCCCACUUUCGCUAAUUGUGGAUGCUUGGGUUAACCUCAGCCAAGUACAAGGGACAGCGGAUGCUGCGCGGCCUAAAAGCAAAUCUAAACGGAACUGAAAGUGGACAACCUAUUUAGAGAGUACAUGACUGUCACAAAUACCAUUUGAUACACAGAGCUGUGUACACUGCACAGUUAUUCUUUUAAUCAUGUUUUAUUUGUCAAGUCUGUUAAAAUAAGACAUUUUUUUUUGUAAUAGUCGCUGCUUUUAUUGAAAUGUUUAGUCUAUACUUUUGACAUUAAUAUCACAUUUUUCACGACUGUGUGAUCUUCACUUGGCCGCAGUAAAACACCCCAAGAACAUCAGAAUUUUUUUUUAGGUCCUGUACAACCACUGUAGGCAAGAAAAUAGCUAAAUAAAAAUGGUCUGGGCUGUGUGUAGUUU